AUGUACGGUGGACUAGUGGCUGGAAAUGGAGGCAUAGAUGGUACAAGGAAGAUCGGAUUGGAAGGCGGGAAUGGUGGACUAGUGCUUGGAAAUGGAGGCAGUAAUGGUAUAGGCAAGCUUGGAAUUAGAGGUGAGGAUGGUGAACUAGGUGAUCCUGGAAAUGCAGGCUCAGGUGGUGUAGGGAAGCCCGGAACUAGAGGUGGGGAUGACGGACUAGUGCUUGGAAAUGGAGGAAGUGAUGGUAUAGGCAAGCCCGGAAUUAGAGGUGAGGACGGUGAACUAGGAGAUCCUGGAAAUGAAGGCACAAUUGGUAUAGGGAAUCCUGGAACUAGAGGCGGAGACGAUGGACUAGUGCUUGGAAAUGGAGGUAGUGAUGGUAUAGGCAAACCCGGAAUUAGUGGUGAGGACGGUGAACUAGGCGAGCCUGGAAAUGAAGGCACGAAUGGUAUAGGUAAGCCUGGAACUAGUGGUGGGGAUGAUGGACUAGUACUUGGGAAUGGAGGUAUUGAUGGUAUAGGAAAGCCUGGAAUUAGAGGCGAGGACCGUGAACUAUGCGAUCCCGGAAUUAGAGGCGGGGAUGAUGGACUAGCGCUUGGAAAUGGAGGCAGUAAUGGUAUAGGCAAGCCUGGAAUUAGAGGUGAGGACGGUGAUCCUGGAAAUGGAGGCACUAAUGGUAUAGGUAAGCCUGGAAUUAGAGGCGAGGAUGGUGAACUAGGCGAUCCUGGAACUGAAGGCACUAAUGGUAUAGGUAAGCCUGGAAUUAGAGGUGAGGACGGUGAUCCUGGAACUGAAGGCACUAAUGGUAUAGGUAAGCCUGGAAUUAGCGAGGAUGGUGAAGAAGGUGAUCCUGGAAAUGGUAUAGGUAAGCCUGGAACUAAAGGCGGGGACGAUGGACUAGUGCUUGGAAAUGGAGGCAGUGAUGGUAUAGGUAAGCCUGGAAUUAGAGGUAAGGACGGUGAACUAGACGAGCCUGGAACAGAAGGUGGUCUAGCGCCUGGAAAUGGAGGCAUCUCAGAUGGUGCAAAGCGCGACGGGAGUAGAGGCCUGAUUAAGGGUGGCAUUGUACCAGACAAAGGUGAAGGAGACACAGAAAUAGGAGUUGAUGAAAAACACACAUGA